AUGAUAACUCUCCGAAGUAUCAUUUCUUUUCUCACCUCUCCUUGCUUCUUGGCUUGGUGCACGGUGAUCCUUGGUGGCGCGACGGUUUGGAGGACCACGCCGGAGCUUCAGGGGACUCUCGAAAGAGGGUUCAAGGAAGCGAUGGCUGAUGAUCGUUUCAGAGAACUAGUCUGGACGAUCAUCAGAGUUCUCUUCUCCGGCAACCCGCCUCAAGAGGGGAACCGAGCCCAAGACGAGGAGCAGGAGUACAGUCCGUUUGUUCGUUCGACGAUCUUUAAUCGACAAUCGAAAGACUUUGCCCGGCACGGAGCAUUCUACGGUCCAGUCGUUGGUCCAUUCGGGGCCCUUUGGGUGCUCGCAAUAUAUACAGGGCUCUUGCUCCUUUCAGCCAUCUUCGACCUACAUUUGAAGGACUCUAUCUGGCACUGUAAGGACGACACUCGCAGUCAGACAAUGGGCCUCCUCGCAAUACACUGGUUGCCCUCCGACAGUCUGUCAAGGAACGACGUCCCCGGCCCGGGCCCCCUCGCAAUCUACUGGCUGUCGUCCGAUAGUCUUCCCCGGCCUGGCCCGGCCCCCCUACAGUACACUGGUUGCCCUCCGACAGUGUCAAGGAACGCUGUCCCCGGCCCAGGCCCCCUCGCACUCUACUGGCCGGUUGACUGCAGAUUGACCUAUGUCGUGGAAGUACACAUUACCAUUCCGAACGACUUCUUUCCAUUUAGCCUAGUGCAGGUUCAAGGGCACGCAGCUCAUGCUGAUGCUCAUGGGGCGGCCGCUGCGCAUGCGCCCCAACGGCUACAUUCAAGACUGGCACAGCCGCCGCGCCGACGGUACCUCGCGGACAAAAACCGCCGCCACGCACUCAUGUUUGCGAUGGUGGCUGAGAAGACCUGCACACGAGCCCAAAAGAGUAUUGGAUACCUGAUGAGCCUUCAAAGAACGGUGUCCAACAGUGCUGUUGCUGUCUUGUGCUGA